AUGCCACAAACUUAUAAACCAAAAGAUUGCAUACUCUAUGAUUCGUAUAACAGUUUAGCUUAUAGAAAUGCAUGGAUGUCUACUUUACAAACAAAUGCAGAUAUUGUUCAUGUGGCAACUUGGAAUGAUUUUAGUGAAAGUGGUCAAUUACAACCAAUUACUGAUUUACAAAAUACAACAGGAAACGGAUUUUAUGAUUUAACAGCUUAUUACGCACAUUGGUGGAGAACUGGAUUACAACCAACUAUUAUUAGAGAUGUUGUUUAUUAUUUUUAUAGAAAGGAAGCCACCAAUGCCUAUGCACCUAAUAUGGGAUGUAAUUUUACAAUGGGAAUUUCACAAAGUGUUUCAAAUCAAAUUGAAGUAUUGACCUUUACAACAGAUCAAUCAAUUUUAACAAUUAUUAUUGAGAAUUCAAAUUAUACAUUUAUGAUUAAUUCAAGUGGUAUUAAUUCUUUCUUUAUUCCAUUACAAGCUGGAAAACCAAAUAUUCAAUUAUGGAGAAAUGGAAUUAAUAUCAUUACUGUAGAAGGAAAUCAUGAAAUUUAUGCAACCAAUGUUGGAUUACCGAAUGGAGUAUUGGAUUUGACUUAUUGGAGCGGAAGUACUGCUUCUUUUAUUACACCUUCGAAAAGUGUUAAUACUUAUACUUCCUCUAAUAGAAAUGUGGGUAGCUCAAUAGUUGCAAUUUCUAAAUGUUCAACCCAUGUGAAUAUGUUUAUUCCAUAUCUACUCUUUGUAUUCAUCGCAAUAUUAUUAAUAUUUUAA